AUGCCCCCAAAUGCUAAUGACCCUCAAAAUGCCCCCAAAAUGUCGUUAAAAGCCCCAGAAAUGCCCAAAUGCCCUCAAUCCCCACAAGCCACCCAUUAUGCCCGUCAAGCUCCUAAUCAUCAACAUGACCUUCAAAAUGGCGGAGAAAUGCCGCUUAGACUCUCCUUUAACUGUUUUAUUGUUAGUCCGGUAAAUGUCCCCAAUUUAGCGGAAUUUGACGAUUAUGCGCACCAAAACCCGGCCAACAGUCCACACCCGGCCAACAGUCCCACCCACCAACAGUCCCCCACCCGGCCAACAGUCCCACACCCGGCCAACACUCCCACCCGGCAACAGUCCCCCACCGGCCAACAGUCCCCACACCCGGCCAACAGUCCCACACCCGGCCAACAGUCUCCCCACCCGGCCAACAGUCCCCAAUACUCCCCCACCCGGCCAACAGUCCCCCACCCGGCCAACAGUCCCCACCCGGCAACAGUCCCACACCCGGCCAACAGUCCCACCGCCAACAGUCCCCCACCCGGCCAACAGUCCCCCACCCUGCCAACAGUCCCACACCCGGCCAACAGUCCCCCACCCGACCCCACCCGCCAACAGUCCCCACCCGGCCAACAGUCCCACACCCGGCCAACAGUCCCACACCCGGCCAACAGUCCCACACCCGGCCAACAGUCCCCACCCGGCCAACAGUCCCCCGGCCAACACUCCCCCACCCGGCCAACAGUCCCCACCCGGCCAACAGUCCCCACCCCGGCCAACAGUCCCACACCCGGCCAACAGUCCCACCCGGCCAACAGUCUCCCACCCGGCCAACAGUCCCCCAACACUCCCCACCGGCCAACAGUCCCCCACCCGGCCAACAGUCCCACACCCGGCCACAGUCCCACACCCGGCCAACAGUCCCCAACACUCCCCACCCGGCCAACAGUCCCCCACCCGGCCAACAGUCCCACACCCGGCCAACAGUCCCCACCCGGCCAACAGUCCCCACCCGGCCAACAGUCCACCCGGCCAGUCCCCACCCGGCCAACAGUCCACACCCGGCCAACAGUCCCACAGGCCAACAGUCCCACACCCGGCCAACAGUCCCCACCCGGCCAACAGUCCCCACCGGCCAACAGUCCCCACCCGGCCAACAGUCCCCACCCGGCCAACAGUCCCCCACCCGGCCAACAGUCCCCCACCCGGCCAACAGUCCCCCACCCGGCCAACAGUCCCCACCCGGCCAACAGUCCCCACCCGGCCAACAGUCCCCCACCCGGCCAACAGUCCCCACCCGGCCAACAGUCCCCCACCCGGCCAACAGUCCCCCACCGGCCAACAGUCCCUGCCAGCCAACAUGUCCCCCACCCGGCCAACAGUCCCCACCCGGCCAACAGUCCCCCACCGGCCAACAGUCCCACACCCGGCCAACAGUCCCACACCCGGCCAACAGUCCCACACCCGGCAACAGUCCACACCCGGCCAACAGUCCCCCACCCGGCCAACAGUCCACCCAACGUCCACACCCGGCCAACAGUCCCACACCCGGCCAACAGUCCCCCACCCGGCCGCCUCCCCACCCGGCCAACAGUCCCCACCCGGCAACAGUCCCCCACCGGCCAACAGUCCCACCCCCAACAUUCCCACACCCGGCCAACAGUCCCACACCCGGCCAACAGUCCCACACCCGGCCAACAGUCCCCACCCGGCCAACAGUCCCCCACCCGGCCAACAGUCCCACCCGGCCAACAGUCCCCACCCGACCAACAGUUCCACACCCGGCCAACAGUCCCACACCGGCCAACAGUCCCCCACCCGGCCAACAGUCCCCACCCGCCCAACAGUCCCACACCGGCCAACAUUCCCACCCGGCCAACAGUCCCACCGGCCAACAGUCCCACCAGCCAACAGUCCCCCACCCGGCCAACAGUCCCCACCCGGCCAACAGUCCACACCAGCCAACAGUCCCACACCCAGCCCGCUCCCCCACCAACAACACCCGGCCAACAGUCCCACACCCGGCCAACAGUCCCCACCCGGCCAACACAGCCAGACUUAAAGACAAUUAAUCUCGAGUUUUCUUUACCAAGUUUUGUUGGGAUGUGA